AUUGUUUUUCUUUUCCUCUAUUAGACCCUAAUUUCUGCUGCCUAUAAAUAAAACCAAAAUCAGAAUCAAGAAUAGCAGGCGACAGGAGGCAGAAAAAUAACCAAAUAAUUCAUCUCUUUUCACCAUUUUACUAAAAUUCGAAAUAUCAUCAAACACCACUAAACCUUCAUUCUUCUUCAACAAAACCCUUCUAAACACUUUCACUAGCUGAAAAUCAAGAAGAAACGCAAAUAAAAGCACUCAAAAACGUCAAGUUCGAAGUUCACUUGGUUGAAGAAAAAACGUGGGUUGGAUAGCUCGAUUUAAAGCUUAUAAGUAUUAAGCGAUGGUUAAUUCGAGAUUCAAGAAAACGGGAAUCAAGUUUCCUGUGGUUAAGACCCAUAGACUGCUGGAAAAGAGUGUCAAAGGUGCCAUACCUGUGGGAGAAAUAGCUGCAUUGUAUUUGGCCUCGAUUCUGGAGUAUCUGACUGCAGAAGUUCUUUACCUGGCAGGAAAGGAAAUCAAAUCUCCGAAUGUGGAGAGGAUAACAGAAAGUCCUUCAAAACGAAGGAAGAUAUCAGAGAAGAUAACAGAAGAGCAUUUGCAGCAUGCUAUAGAAGGAGAUUAUGAACUUGAAACCCUUUUCAAUAGUCUCGAUGUGUCCUGGAACAACAAAACUGCCAAAGAAUGA